AUGCCUGACUCUGAUGUUUCGUGGCUUCAGGGGUACCAGUCGUCAGAAGGGCUUCGAGUCGGCUGCAUUGCGUGCUACAAGCUCGUCCAGCAGGCAGACCCGGGCAACCUGCCCCCUGUUGCUAGCAGCCCGUUCCCAUGGUUCCCGGUAGCCACUUUAACUGGAACGCUCAAGAACAUCAGUCGGCACGAAAAGUGCCCAGGGCACCAGCAGGCUGUCAGGCAGUUUUGGUGCGAAGCCCCCCAGGACAAGCAAUUGCCGGAAGAGGAUGCUGCUCCGGCAGAGGCUCAGUGGUCUUCUCUGUGGAAGGUGUUUCAGUCAAAGCGCUACCUCGAGCAAGAAUCUGACCAGGUGAUUCUGCGAGCAAAAGCCCGCAAGAUGAUGUUUUGCUUGGCAGAGGCUUUGCGGUCACGGCAUCGGGUGCAGCUUCGCAGCUCUGAGUGUGUGACGCUCACACUUGAUGAAGCAAAGACGCGGCUCUUGGUACGGUUCACAAGCAUCGGUCAGGAUCUCAAAGUGCAUCGUGGGAUUCUGGGUAUGCAUCGCUCCAAAGCCACGGGUCAUCAGGCCAUCCUGGCCUCACUUGACCACAUACAGCGAUCUGCGUGCACAGAGUUGCAUGAGCACCCGCAAGCUCCCAGUAGCAAGAUCGAGGUUGUGCCCAACUUUCAGGAGGAGCUGUAUGAGCACAUUCGCCAGGUCACGCAGGUCUGGAACAGCGAUGCAGGGCCAGAUGAGACCCUAGCGGCCAAGGAGAGUCAAUCUAUCUCUCUUUCAGUGGCCGACCUUCGGCCACUGCUGCCUAACAUCGUGCUGGUGAAUCGCGACAAAGCUCACGCAAGUCGCAGGGUGGCUCGACGACCAUGGUUGGCGACGGAGGAGUUGAAUGAGGUGUUCAAAGCCUUUUCAAAAUGGUUUUCUACCAUUGAGCACUCGUCCAUGCUGCAGGGUUGGCACGAAGAGUUUCAAACGCAGCAGCAAGAUCAGCGGAAGCUUACAACACAGAAAUCGCUGUCAUACGCAGCUCAUCGGUUUGACAGUGCGAGCAAGCCACUUGCAACGUGCCUGCUUACGUUGCCUGCUUGCCUGCUCACGGCAAUCAAGGCAUACAAUGAGCGCAGGAACGUGGCGCCAGGCCAACGAGCUCACGAAUUUCUCCAGUUUGUCACAGGCGCAGCAGGUGCAGAGCGGUUGGUCCUCGCAGGCAUGCUGGCCGACGCUGGUGAUGAAGCCUUGAUCUUAACACGAGCCAUGGACAGGGAGAGCACAGACACAGCAUUGAUCCACUCGGAAGUUCAAUCAUUUCUGCGUAGGACACAGAUCCUCUUUGUUCAGCAAGAGUGCGUGAAUGUUGGCUUCUGCAAAUAUAUGCUGGAAGAAGUCAAGCAACAGUAUGUAUGGUUCGAUGCAGAUGUCCCGCGCACCAUUGGGUUGCCGAACGGGAUUCGCGCCGCAUCGCUCGCGACAUGCUUGCGUAAACUCGCUUGCUGGGCUGGCGUUGCUGCCAAGGUGGUUGGGACAGAGUUUCCUUCCUUCGAUCUGAUGGGUUGUUUCAAGAUGUUCGCUUUAUCAGAUCCAUCGUCUGAAGAUGGCUCGCGGCAACGUCAUUGCCAGCAACUUGCCCAGGAGCACUGGGAGGAUAUGGCGAGACUUUCCCAGGCCUUCUAUGUGGACCCGGCUGCAUGUGCAGAGGAAUACACAAGGCUGCUUGGCAUUGCAGAAGAGCAACGGCGAGUUCACCGGUGCUCAAAUAUGGAAGCAUGGCGGCUGGCAGUAGAAGCCACGAAGCGGUCGCGUGCCACGUACCCCUUGACGGCUCUGAGACCUUUGCUUCAGGCGUAUGGCGCCUUUGUGUGCUCAUCCUCGGGUGUGGAGCAGAACUUCUCACUGCGUGAUUGGGUGGCUUCCAAGCGCCGUCCGCUCAGCAAUCAGCACGAGCUCGACCAUUUGCAGAUAAUUGUGGCAGAGGUUGCAGAUGAAAGUUCCCUCUUCAAAGAAGCUGCCCAUGUGUGGAUGCAGCUCUAUGGCAAACCCCGCAAGUCAGGACGGCGCUUGCGUGGGUACUUCAAGCAGAGCAAGUCGCAAGACGAGACAGCCCCCAAGCCUUUGAAGAAGUGGCUGGAAUCUCGCAGGAAAGAAGUCUCGGAGCUGGUGGCCUCUGCAACGCCAGUGCAGACUCUGGAUCCGGCUGACGUCAUCCAGGAAGCCAUCGAUCAAGCUGGGGAUUGUUGGCAGGCCAAGCAUGAGCAAGAGUGCGCCAGACAGGAUGCGCUCGUCUUUGCCAAGCAGCUUGAAGCUGCCAACAAGAACCAGCUCCUGCGCCACGAACUUUCUAACGCCAUUGCUGAGAACGCAAACCUGUUGGAGGAUGCAGAAGCCAAGAACAGGGCAAAGCGUGACCGGCUGGAGGACAAGAUGCAACUGCGACUGAGCCGUCCUCAGUUCAAUCUUUUUGGCAUGACGGUGCACUGCGAAGCCGGCCUCUUCACCGAUGUAGAGCUCAACCGAUUGUUGCUGCAGCAUCAUAUGCGCCUGGUCAUGGGCGACGCGACCGUCGACGUCUUUGUUGUAGCCGACCUAGCUCGCGCAAGCAGUGCUUUCUCCUGCAUCGCUGGCUUGCAAGGCAGCAUCCUUGCAAGUUGCCAGUUCUUGAAGUCGGGCGGCGAGGUAGGCCCUGCUGUUGCCUUUCACAGAGCUUUGCAAACCAAGCGGUUUUUGUUCAUGUCUUUCGACUUCCGGAACGAACACCCUCUUUGCGCUGCAGCGAUUCGUCGCCUCACGCAGGGCAACGGCAGUACUUGGAAAACCUUGGACACAUUGCAGGAUUGGUUGAGGAACCAGAUUGCCCACGCAAAGUUUGCUUCGUCUUACUUGGCACUGAUGACAGAGGCAGAGAAAGGUGAGCAUCGCCAGCUUGCGAACCAUAAGUACGCCAUGACUCUGGACAUGUUUUUGUCCUUCAUUUGCAAAGUUGAUCACUCGAGAUCUGCGCUAGGCAUUGGGAUCUCGAGUUGA